UUGUUCUGUGUAUUUUGACCCUUUACACUGUCUGCCACUGACAAACAAUAGGACCUCUCAAUCAAUUUGAAUAGUGAAGAGGAUCCAGAAUAGGUAACACAGCACCUUAAGGCUGUCGUUAAACUUUGAUGAGCCUGGAAUUCUCAACAGCAGCAGCGGUGCUUAUAUCUUUAGAUCUUGUAAGGACCAUGAGGUGACAAGCUUCGGAGGAGCAGAUAAUACAGGAAUAGAAAAAUGUGAGUCAUGCUUUGGGGCAGAUGUAGUGUCCUUGUGGUUCUCUGCGUCUGUCCUCUAGCCUCCCUCAUAAUGCCUCCCUGUCCUGCUGGCUGUUGCUGUGCCCGUCCAGGAUUUUUGGUUCUGUGCGAGUCCCUGGGUCUCCGAUCACUUCCUCGCUCCGUCCCUCUCAGUACCUCAUCUCUGUCUGUGGCCAGAAACCAGCUCUGUAACGUGGACCACCUGCUCCGGCCGUUUUCUGGCCUGCAGGAGCUGAGCCUAAGUCACAAUCUGCUGGACCGCUUCCCACGUGGACUGCCUCCAAGCCUGGAGUCCCUGCUGCUGCAAGAAAACCGCAUCACUUAUAUCACCUCCGGCGCCCUGCGGCAUCUGGGGAACCUCACACGUCUAGAUCUGGAGGACAACCGCAUCCGUGCCAUCCAACCUGGGGCACUUCAGGGUCUUAACAAGCUGCAGGUGCUGACACUAAGGGGGAACAAGCUUACAAGCCUCCCCCUGAAUCUUCCUCCAUCGCUGACUCAUUUAGACCUCUCAGCAAACUGCAUCUCUGUCCUGGACCUGCCCUCGCUGUCCGCCCUGGUCAACCUGCAGGUCCUGAAGAUCAACAGCAACUGCCUGCGCUCAGUCCCGGAGAGAGCCUUCGAUGGCCUGCCACGUCUCAGAUCCGUGGACCUCAACAACAACCUGUGGGUGUGCGAGUGUGACAUUUUGUAUCUUUACCGCUGGCUGCUGAGUGGCAGACUGAAGAUGGCUACAGACCUGGUCUGCACCGAACCCGUCCAUCUUGCUCACCGCUUACUUCUGAACCUCUCUGUCAUGACUAUCUGUCCUCAUGUCCUGAAGCCAAAUGAGAGGACAUACCAGCUGGACCUCAACCCUAAACUGGAGAGAAAUCUGGAGAUGCUGACGGUAAAGCCCAUGGGACUAAACUCACUUGAAAACAAGAGAUAUUUUGGAUCAAAGCAAGAAACCACUGCUUCCAAGGAUGCUCCAAAGAGUCGUAUAUUACUUGAACCCUACUCUUUAGAGACCCUCACCUAUGAGGAGUGUUUGUCCUUGAAUGUAACAAGAACAGUCAGCCCAUCUUACAUAAAAACCACUACCUCUCUCCCUGAUGAAGAGAAAUGCAACAUCACAGGUCAGUACCCUCAGAUUAACGCAACCUCUGCUGAAGGUACUCGAUCUUUGCUUUCCACAAACAGAGACGCACCCUGGCCCACUCCCAACCCACGACCACACACACAGCAAGACUCCGCAGUGGUCAUCUCCCUGCUUGCUGUGUUGUGUACAUUAGUAGCUCUGCUAAUGCUGGCGGUGCUGCUAGUGCUGAAAAAGGUGCUUCUGCACCAACAGAGGGUGGCACCGCUCGAUGUAGGAUCUGGUGGAUAAAAACACGCACAGACACGCUAAACAUGUUUUUACUCAUUUAAUUCACAAUAAGCACAGUCCCAUACAAUAUUCUGUAUUAUAUUUUUUUGUAUGUGUACUCGAGCUGUUGACCUAACUGUAUUUUCAUACUGAAUCCUCUGAAGAGGGAGUCAUGAUUUUAUACAAUCAAGCCAAAUAAAGCCAAAAUAUAUACAAAACAAAAACACACCUCGACCUGUGGUUUCUGAUUUAUCAUGUUGGCGACCUGUGUUGAAAAGCUUAUUUGUUUACAUGUAAGGAUCCGAGUUGUCCUCAAAUAUUCCCCGCGAUCUUCCGGCUCCAAAAUCAGCAUCAAUUAAAAAAAAAAAAAAAAA